ACCGAACCUGGCAGAACGAGACGCUGCCGCAGCCCCCAACGAACACAACACACCACUCUCGCACCCCGCAAUUGAGCUCACGAUGCAUCUGGCGGCUAUGACCUGCCCUGCCCGCACCGCUGUCCUGGGCGGUCGAGCCUCCUCGUCCACCUGGAUCUCCCUCGCCGUCGUCUCUUCUCCCAUCGCCCACGCCGCCAAUCGGUGCCGGAACUACAGAUACACGUCGAACGGCUACUCCCAGCAACGAAGGGCUGCCAGCUCCAGCUCAAGCUCCAGCUCCAGCGCGAGAGCUGCCCUCCGGCAGUUCAUCCCUCGCCAGCCAUUACCUUCUCCGGCGUCUAUCACAGUUACGUCAAGCUCCAUCGUUGCCCGGGCCACUUCCAUACGCCAUGCUUCUUCUUCAUCAUCCGCCGCGCCCCCCUCCUCGUCUGCACACGAGUCUGCUUCCGCCUCCGCCUCUUCAGCCCAAGCUCCUGUUCAGCUGGACUGGAAUUCCUUCUUCACCCUCCGUGCCUCCCGCAGAAAAUACUCCCUCGUCUCCUCCAUCCUUGCCUCUCUCACCACCACCGCGACAGGCGCACAGGUCAUCGCCUCCCAGAACUUUGAGGCUUUGGGCGCGCAGAUCAUGGGAUUUGACCCGUUCAUCGUCAUGGGCCUGACGACGGUUGCCUGUGGUGCAGUUGGCUGGCUCGCCGGCCCUGUCUUGGGUAAUGCAGUUUGGGGGAUGGUUUAUAGAAAGUACAAGGGUGCCGCUGCUGUGAAAGAAAAGGAGUUUUACGAUAGAAUCAAGCGCUUCCGAGUCGACCCUUCGGCCAACUCUUUCGCGAAUCCCGUACCGGAUUACUAUGGCGAGAAGAUCGGGAGUGUCCAGGGCUACCGCCAAUGGCUAAAAGAUCAGAGAGCUUAUAAUCGGAAGAAGCGAAAUUUCGUCUAGCUGUCAAGGUUUUUGUAAUUUUUUCUUUUUUUGUUGUUAAUAAACAUCCUCAUCGGUUGUCUUCCUCGGGAGUGGGGUUUGUUUGGGAUGGGAUGGCAGUAUAGUUGUUGCAAUAUGCUUAGUUGAAGCUGAUGGCUGCUUGCAGAAUCUAAGUUUCUUUCGUCGCCUGCUCUCAUGAUUAUGUUCCUUGGGCCAUGCGGAUGAUGAUAUUUCCCGUCUUAACUAUGUAGGGACCUUUAAUCUGAUGGUGAUGUUCUUUAUCACCGAUCAUGCAGCCCCAUAUACACUUGUAUCAGUUAUUCUUCCUACGGGCUCAAAAAUUUUCCUAUUCAUACAUCGUGCUCCGUUUCCCGAAGCCCUCUUCCGUUCCAUCCAGCUCUACACUUGCCUGUUGUGCCUUUAAACUCAUUUACUUCCUCUCGAUACUUGUCAAUUAUGAACCGUCGUUGUGGUGGCAAUCAACUCACCACGACGCCGAUAUUCAAGGCAUGGUCACUUCAUGAUCGGUUGUACGGAGUAUAUUUUCUACUUCCUUCCAAACAAUUCUGGACAUUACAGAUGCGCUCUUAGAUACCCUCGAGAGUCAAGGAGCUGGCCUGCCCAGGAGGGCACCAGAUCGGGAGGACAGCAAAGCCUUCUCCGGCAACAACAAGUUGAAGUGCUCAGCGGCGGAGAAAAUACUGAGGUGACUUAUGGAAUUCAUGUUCAAAGAAUAUGCCGUGAUGUCCUUGGAGGCAUGAAAUAAACCUUUUGGAGCGAAUGCCCCGACAGAAAGGAGACAAAAACAUAUUACCUGAACCCAAA